AUGAAGCUUACGAUCGGGCUCAUCAUCGCCUUCGCGGGGUACGUUGCUGCUGCGCAGCAAUCUGCCGAAGUGUUCAUUGUGCCCACUAGCGACGUGUCGUCGCCGCCCUCCGUCACCCCCAGUCUCGCUCGGUUACUACUUUUGCAACGACUUGCCCCCAGUGGUCGGGACGUGUCGUUUCACGAUAUCCCGAAUGGCAUCGGCUACGACACAGUUGCUUCCCUCAUCAACCACUUCGGCAAGGAGAUUCCUCCUUUGUUUUCGGACGGCCAAACCGGCGAACCCAGCCAGUUAGUCUUGAUGCUGGAGAGCAUGAAUGACAGGCAGAUGAGAGACCUGCGAAAAGCACUGGACAUGAGUCCAUCAUUCACCAUCGCAGACCCGCCUCCUGACAAGGCGCACCGGGAUCUGAUGGAGCUGGACUUCUUCAGGUCUGGUGUUACUGAUGGAAGCAAGUGUUCUAUUCGACAGGUGGCUAACCCUUUGGAGAGCUGCUGGGCGGGCAAGCGCUCUGCUGCCGCCAAAUUUAAUGUUAGGGAGAAUCCUGAGCUUCUUGCCGAGCUACCAAAACAAAUCGAGCAACUUCGCGGACUUGCCAGAUCUGGAGAACUUCAGACAACUAUCGUCGCCCUUCCUUCAACUAAGAGCUCUAGCAACUGGCUAGAUGAGCAGCAACAGGAGCUACGCCGCCGCCAAGCCGAACAGGUCAUUUCCUCCUUCGAGAGGCCUGUAGUAAACGCUGAGCCAACCUCAUCACCCAAGCCAGACCCCAUCUUUGAUCCGAACGAGCGAAUUAAAGCCUGUUAUGAAACAAAGGAUGCGUGCAUGGCCAGAACCCUCAACUGUUCCUCGCAUGGCGAGUGUCAAGACAAGUACGCCAAAGCCGAUGGGUCUAAUAAUACAAUUGCAUGCUUCGCCUGCCACUGCCAGAGUACCCGCAGCAAGUCGGGAAGUUUGACUACCUGGGCCGGUCCAACAUGCGCAAAGAAGGAUAUCAGUGUUGCGUUCUGGCUAUUUGCUGGUGUCACUCUUGCCUUGGUCGGCAUUCUCUAUCUAGCCAUCAGCAUUUUGUUUCGUGUUGGUGAAGAGAAGCUUCCUGGUGUCAUUGGUGCUGGCGUUUCGCGGUCCAAAUAG